AUGUAUUUGAAAUCAAAAGAUUAUGAGGAACCUUUACAUGGAGAAGGACUUGAUCCUGAAUGCCGAUGGGGUUUGAUAUUUGAUGGAGCUGUUAAUACUUAUGGUAAAGGAAUUGGGGCAAUCAUUGUUAUGCCACAAGGUUCUCAUGUACCGUUUACUGUAAGACUGAUGUUCGACUGGACCAACAAUAUGGCAGAGUACGAAGCUUGUAUCAUGGGACUAGAAGAAGUCAUUGAUCUUAGAAUCAGGAUUCUAGAUGUGUAUGGAUAUUAUGCUCUACUUAUUAAUCAGAUCAAAGGAGAAUGGGAAACCCGUCAUCCUGGUUUAAUACCUUACAAAGAUUAUGCUCGAAGACUGCUAACCUUCUUCAACAAAGUUGAUUUCCAUCAGAUACCUCGUGAGGAAAAUCAAAUGACAAAUGCAUUGGCUACCUUGGCUUCCAUAUAUCAAGUGAAGUUUCCAAAUGAAGCACAUUAA